UGUAAAUGGGCGAAAAUGCUGCAGGUCGCCACGUCUUGUCGGACAUGCAUGAUAGGCAGUUUGAAUUUAGUCGAUCUCUUCCGGACGGUGAAGCUCGAAGACGAGCAAAGCGCGCAGCUGGCCGAGAUGCUCAUGGAAUGCACCGACACACGCGUAUUACGAGGCGAUGGGUUGCCUCAGCAAGUUUGUGAACAAUGUGCCAACACAAUUCACAUUUCAUACGCAUUCCGUCAUCAGGCAAAGAGAGUGGAGACUGAGCUCCACAGGAUUAUCUUAGAACAAACCACUGUUAAAGAUGAAAAAAUUGACAUUGUUGAAAACAGUUUUUUUGACAAUGCACACAAUGAUCAACAAGACUAUGAACCCUACGAUCCUGUAUCACCGAAGCAGGAGCCAGAAACAAAUGAGCAUGAGUCGAAAACAUUUGAGUGUAAUUUUUGUAAAAAGCGAUUCAAUGACAAAAAAAAGUAUUUGAAACAUCUAACCUCACAUGAACCUAAAGUAACUUGUAGAAUUUGUAAUAAAGCAUUUAAAAAGAAAUUAUCACUGGAGAAGCACAUGGUUAAGCAUAUGAGUAGUCACAUGUGUUUGGUUUGUAAUGAAGAAUUUAAAUCACAGGUACUUUUAAUGCAGCACAUGGUAAUACAUCCUGAAAUGAAGCAAGAAGCAGAUGUAAACUUAUUUAAAUGCAGUGUAUGUGGAUUAGGAUUUAGUAAAAGCAGAUCUUUAGGGCAACAUAUGAAGAAACACAAGAAAAACAAACUGUUUGAGGCAUUUAUUUGUGAAUACUGCAACAAGGAGUUCACAGGGAAAAACAGCUUACGAAGACAUAUCAAGUUGCACAUACAGGACCGUCCAUACUGCUGUACAAAAUGCCCAAAGAAGUAUCCCCGGCAGGACCAGCUGGCUGAUCAUUUGAAGAAACAUGCUGAUGUCAAACCUAAUGUCUGUCCAUAUUGCAAUAAAGGGUUCACACAGCUGUGCAGCCUGAAGGACCACAUCCGCACGCACACAGGCGAGACACCGUUCCUUUGCGCGCAGUGUGGCAAGGGCUUCGCCAACAACUCUAACUUGCGUCAACAUAUGAUGCGCCACACAGGACUCAAGCCCUUCCACUGCACACUCUGUCCUAAAACUUUUGCCACCAAAGGCCAGCUGACGGUGCACGUGUCCACGCACUCGGGCGCGCACCCGUUCGCGUGCGCGCAGUGCGGCGCCGCCUUCACCAAGCCCAAUUCGCUCAAGAAGCACGCCAUGAUCCACCUCGGGUUGAGGCCCUUCGCUUGCGAUUCCUGCGCCAUGCGUUUCACAUGCAAAGACCAUCUCAAGCGGCACCAGCGUAUCCACACGGGCGAGAAGCCGUACCGUUGCCGUCACUGUGAAAGAGCCUUCACGCAGAGCAACGACCUGGUCAAACAUCUCCGCACUCAUAUUGGACAGAACAUCUACCAAUGCACAGUCUGCAACGCUCGGUUCCGCCUACAAAGUGAAUUAAAACAACAUUAUCCCUCGCACUACAUCAACGGCGAUGCUGAGGCGGCUGCAGUCGCCGAAAAGUCCCUCGAGUCCGACCCGGUCGCAGCCGUCCUCAAGCUCGAAGAAAAGCCACAAAACGACGAAAAAGUCUUUGACAGAACUAUUACUAUAACGUUCAAUGGGAACGUGCUCAACAAGAACGGGAUUACCGGUGACAUUACUAUCAAUAUCGAUCCCGACAGAAGCUGAUCUGUGAUAUUCAAAACUUUAUAGUAUUCAUUGGUUAUAAAUAUAAAGCUGAAUUGUAUAACGGCAAAUUCAAGUUACAUCGACUGCCGCUCAAUCAGCCUUAAUAUAUUGCAAUUCAGAAACAAAACUUACUGAAUGGUCAAACUGUAUAAUAAGUAGCUGGUCUCAGAAUAUCAUAAUGUGGUUACACAUAAUGUAGAAAUAAGCGGAAUGAUCUGAUCAUGUACAAAGGAGAAUGUAAAUUGUAUUUAAAGCUAGAGGUAAAUUUAUUUAAUUUGAUGUACCUAUAUAUUUGGAAAAUAUUUAAAAUAGGUGCCUUAUUUAUGAAAGCGAUUAUUGCAAGAAAUACAUAGAUUUAGACUUAGGUGCAUAGAUUUUAGAUUUAUUGUAGUGACCAUCGUUAUGGUUACGUCAGUGGGUGGAUAGAUUUACACGAAAACUUUGUUAUGUAUAAAUUUGUGCGUGAUAGACGCGCUUAAGUAUUUGGCUUUGCAAAUCGUCAAUUGUCAUUAAAGACUUAAUUGUCAUGCAUAUAUCCGCAAGUGAUGUUUAGAGCGACACAAUGCUGUUUCAUAUAAUAACAUGUAAUAUAAACAAAUCAAUAAUAAAUGCGCCAGGCAAAAAGGUUCUUUAGGGUGAGACGCGACUUGUCGGCGCUCGUUGGCACUGCUGAAACGUGAAGAUCAGUACUGCAUAAUAUGUUGAAGAAGCUCUCCUAAUUUGCAAUGAACACUACGCCAACUUAAACUUUAUUUGUUUUUUGUGUUUUUUUCACAAAAUCGGUUUUUUUUUUCGAAUUUCAUUUUUUGGUUCUUUAUUUUUUUUUCAACAA